CACACGGGACAUCCGACUGAUGUCACCCGCUUUCCCACAUCGUGCUGCUUCGGACCUCAUCAUCUCGCUCAUGAAGGGGAGCCCUAAAGGUGGUCGUACUACGGAUUUGUAACAGCGGUUGAUCGAAACUGGGUUGGCUGGAAGCGAUGUCCGACUCGUCUAGGUGCUUGAACGUGUUUAUCCGAUGACGUUGAAGAUCUUGACCACCGACAACUUUGCAAUGCCGUGAGAUGUGCCUGAUCAUCCCUCAAGCUCUGACGAGGUUUGAAAUAUGAUACAAUGAGCGUAGGAAGCCGACAUUACAAGAAUGAGGAAGUCCCUUCGCGGCGCGCAGAUGCCCACAAAGAGCUCAUCGACUCCUUGACCCGAAUCAACACUUACAAUCCUCCUGUUCAGACAUGCUCGACAGGAUGGACAUUCCAUGGCCUAUACUACGGCCCAACGUCGGUAGCCUACCUGUUCUUUCGCUUGUCCCAGGUCUAUCCUCAUCUCUCUUUCAAGAGUCAAUCUCUUCUGGACUGGGCGCAAGCUUACCUUGGCCUCGGCGCAUCGCAUCCAAAAAGUGUCGACUCAAAUCACUGCGGCGUCGCAAAUGAGGCACUGACCCAACUAGCUAUUCGUGCAGCGAUGGACCAGGAUGCCAGCCUUGUGCAGCAACUCUGCUCAUAUCAAAGCACGAUCAAUGAAGCAGGCGGGUCGGACGAGUGGCUCUAUGGACGAUCCGGCUAUUUGUACCUGCUUCGACUUGCCGGUAGCGGCUUCAACAAAGACUCAAAUGCUGCCAGAAUGGUUCGUGCAACGAUACAGAAGACUGUCCAACGCAUCCUGGCCAGCCAGCAGCCCUGGACGUGGCAUGGCAAAGCCUACCUCGGAGCGGCUCAUGGAACCUUCGGUGUCCUCUGCCAAGUUGUGAUUUCGGAACCCUCAGCGGCUCAGUCGGUGGAACAAAUCCUGUCACAGGUCCUCGAUACCCAGUUUCCGACUGGCAACUUCCCAUCAUCGCUACCCCCAGGCUCGGAUAAGCUCGUUCAAUUCUGUCACGGAGCACCCGGAGCCGUUCUCUCGUUGAGAGCCCUACGCCCGUAUUUCCCCAAGCUACAGCACAAUAUCGAUGCAGCCAUCGAAGCUGCCCAAAAAGAUACGUGGAAGCGGGGGGUGCUCGUCAAGGAACCAUGCUUGUGUCAUGGUAUCGCAGGAAAUGCACUUGCGUUGGACGAUGAAGCGGAAUUCCAGCAUUUCAUCACGUAUAUGUCAACUGACUACCUCGAGAGUCAAGGAUGGUUGGAAGACGCGGGCCGGAGUGACCAGUUCGUCGGACUUUAUACCGGUGAAGCUGGCAGAGCGUGGGCCUGGGCCGUGGCGGACAAACCAGAAGAACUUGGAAGAGCCUGCAUUGGCUUCAACGAUCUAUGAGCUGCACAAGAUUGGCCGGCACUGGUUGGUAUACGACCAUCUGUAUGCUAGUGCUCUGCGAUAGAUACAAGCCUGUGGCCUUUUUACUUUUUAUCCGUCAAACGCUGCUGAAGCGGGUAUUAAGCACCGCCUUGUACUUAGUAUAUUCUCGACCGGCCAGAUCCCUGGACGAUCAAUUGUGCAUGAG